CCUGCUGCCGCUCACCAACCCAACCGACUCGAUCAGAUGAACGAUGUCCCUGCCUCAAGUCUGGAUGAGUAAGCACCUAGCAACCAGCAGCUCUUCUCGCGCACCAUGAAUCAUCACCCCAGCCCGUCCGCGGACGCAGCAGGAAACGCUGCAUCCCAAUCCCACUCAUCCACCAAGCCCAAAGUGCGGCUCAGUUGUGAGGCAUGUCGCCUCCGCAAAGUCAAGUGUGACAAGCUGAACCCUUGCACCAACUGCCAGCGUCUCGGGACCAGAUGCGUCCCCGUGGAACGAGCCCGUCUACCGCGCGGCAGAUCGGGAAGGCUAGCCACGGAGCGUCCUGCCGACUCCGAUGUCAACCUGAAGGACCGUGUCUCGAAACUCGAGGGCAUUAUCCGGGAUUUGGCCCGUGGGGGGAGUCAGAGCUCUGCUCGUGCGAUCCUAUCCGCGGCUGCUGCGUCGGAGGGGGCCGCGGAGCAGCACCAACACCAGCACCAGCACCAGCGCGAAAGCUCACGGGAACGAUCGUCGGAAGGGGAGAACCCGCGCGGUGAGGGUGCUGGGCGGGCCCAGCCCCCUGAUACGUAUCUGGGGUCUUCGUUCUGGGCGAAUUUACUGAAUGAGGUGCCGGAUGUGCAUCCGAAUGAGAGGCCAGGUGAUGGCAGUAGUGCUGAGAGUAGUCAUCCCCGUAACUACCAUCGCCUUCUCUCCAUGGCUAGUGGCGUGGGCGAGUCUACCAAUCGAGAGCAGCCAGGGGCUUUGCACAUCCAUCACCAACUGGCUCGGAUCUUUGUUGAAAGAGUGGACCCUCUUUGCAAGAUUCUACAUAGGCCUUCACUGAAAUCCUUCCUAGUUGAGGGAAAGCCUUAUCUUGACUACGAGAUGGGACAUCUCGCUCCAAGCGCCCUCGCCUAUUCGAUCUACUACGCAGCGUCCUGCAGUCUGAGUGAUGAGGAGAGCAUGCGCGUAUUCGGCAUCUCCAAAGCGACGAUGGUUGCGAGGUAUCAAAAAGAAGCGGAAUCCGCUCUGGCUCGAGCGGACUUCAUCAUCACAAACGACCUGACAGUGCUACAAGCCUACGUUCUCUUUCUACUAGCCCUCCGCUCUCAAGACCAAAGCCGCCGCAUGUGGACAAUGCUCAGCCUGGCCCUCCGCAUCGCACAAGCCUUAUCUCUGCACAUCCCCAACCCUCCAUUCCCCGUCCGACCCUUUGAACGACAGCUCCGCCGCCGCCUCUGGCUCGCCAUCGGCUUCCUCGACAUUCAAGCCUCGAUGGACCGCGCCUCCGAACCUAUGAUGCAAGCCAGCUGGCUCGAAACCCACCCCCCAGCCAACGUCAACGACAUUGACCUCUCCCCCAACAUGGAAGCCAACCCGCCCGACUCCCCCGGCUUCACAGACAUGACCUUCACCAUGAUGAUCCAAAAAGCGCAAUACGUCACCCGCUCGCUCAACUUCUCCGACUUCACCGAACCCUCCGUCAACACCCUCGCCAUCCGCCAACAACUCGUCAUCGAAUUCCAGCAAACCGUCUCCAGACUCCUCCGCCACUCCUCACCCGACAAAAUCCCCUUCCAAUGGCUCACCCGCUCCGUCGCGGAAUGCACCCACGCGUCCAUGCAACUCAUCACCCUCCGUCCCCUUCAACGCGCCCCAAACUUCACCCCGCCCCAUAUCCGCAGCGAACGUCUCCUCGAAUUCGCCGUCAACGUCCUCGUCACCUACCACCGUCUCCGCGCCGACCCCCGCGGCCUCACCUGGCACUGGAUCAAAUUUGCCUUCCCGCCCUGGCACAGUCUCGCCGUCGCUAUCGCUGAGCUCUGCGUCUGCGAGGACCUCGCCCUGAUGGAGAGAUUCUGGGAUCCUGUCGAACUCGCCUUCGAUGAGUUGGCCCGUCUAGUCGCCGAUACGAGUCGGGGGAUGCUGUGGAGACCCAUGGAGAAGAUCAUGGAUCGGGCCCGCGUGAGACGAGCCCAAUUACUCGCCGGUUCUGGUUCUGGUUCUCGUUCUGGCUCUGGCUCCGUCACUGGCCCCAGUCCCAGUUCCAUCUCUGGCCCUGGCUCUAUCCCCAUCUCUGGUCCCAGUCCUGCUCCUGGCUCUAGCAUGCCAACCUACUCGUCAUCCAUGGACAUCGCACCCGCGCCACCGAUGUCCACGCAUCCCUCACCAAUGGGUUUUACACCGGGCUUAGACCAAGGCCACGCGACCGUUAUGGCUAUCCAUACACCGGAGAGCGUUGAGAGCGCGUCGGCGUGGCCGUGUGUCUGGGACGCAGUCGAUUUCAACAAUCCCGGGCCCGGAAACGAGAUGGCCUGGACGAGUUACGAGAAUUUCCUGGCGGAUCUCUACGUCAAUGUUGAUCAUCCGCUGAUGUAUGGGUGAGAUAUAUAUAUAUAUAUAUAUAUAAAGAUUUCAAAUACGGAUACCCCCCCCUCUCUCUCUCUGUGUGUGUUGUGAUUACUUACUGCUGUGAGAACCUUCUCCGUUUCGAGGACGUUGUACGGACAUUGUGAUGAUAUUAUGAGGAUUUUGUACGAAUAUUAGAAGCAUGUUAUAAGAAUAUUAG